AUGAGGCCCCGGUGUGGGCCGUGCGAGGCGGGGGGACGGGCCGGAGCGCAGCCUGAGCUGUGGCAGCUGAGGGAGCAGCGGCCGCUUUGGGAGCUGGCGGAGAGGCAGCCGCGGAGCGCAGAGCUGGCCGCGCCCCGAGGCCCGGCCCUAGCGGUGGGGAACCGCACCGAGGGGCUGGAAACUUUCCCGUUCUCUUCCCAGCUUUCUGUGGUCACAGAGGAACUUUCUGGGUGCCCCCCGAGUAAGACAGCGUCUCUCUGUUGCCAGCAAGUAGAGUCUGGGGUGAAGCGAGGAGGUGACUUUGGUCUGGAGAUUUCCCCUCCAGUCCUGCCCCCUGGCCAUGGUGGUGAGUUUUCUGUGAGCAGCCUUCCAGUGGCAGAGGACGCCUACAGGGUGAGCUUGGCCAAAGGUGUCUCCAUGUCUCUGCCUUCGUCACCUCUGCUGCCUCGACAGUCUCACUCUGUGCCAUCAAGAUCAACCAAAAAGUCCCCAGGUCCCGUCAGGAAGCCCAAGUAUGUGGAAAGCCCCAGAGUGCCUGGAGAUACAGUCAUAAUCCCGUUCCGAGACGUGCCCAAGCCAACAGAGCCCAGUGAAAAUGAAGCAAAGGCCGAUAACGAACCGAGCUGUUCGCCAGCCGCUCAAGAACUGUUGACAAGGCUGGGAUUUUUACUGGGAGAAGGGAUUCCAAGCUCCACACACAUCACCAUUGAAGAAAAAAACGAAACCAUGUGCACAGCUCUGAGCCAAGGCAUCAGUCCUUGCUCCACACUUACAAGCAGUACCGCGUCUCCUAGCACCGAUAGCCCCUGCUCAACCUUGAAUAGCUGUGUCAGCAAGACGGCAGCCAACAAAAGUCCCUGUGAGACCAUUAGCAGCCCUAGUUCCACCCUGGAAAGCAAGGACAGUGGAAUCAUAGCCACGAUUACAAGUUCAUCCGAAAAUGAUGACCGGAGUGGCUCCAGUUUGGAAUGGAAUAAGGACGGAAGCCUAAGGUUAGGGGUACAGAAGGGAGUGCUUCAUGACCGCAGGGCAGAUAAUUGCUCCCCAGUGGCAGAAGAGGAGCCCCCUGGGCCAGCGGAGAGUGUGCUGCCCAAAGCCGAAGCCUCAGUUGGAGAUGGUCCGGUCCCUUAUUCUCAGAGCUCCAGCUCGCUAAUAAUGCCACGGCCCAACUCAGUUGCAGCGACGAGCUCAACCAAAUUGGAAGAUCUGAGUUAUUUAGACGGACAGAGAAAUGCUCCCCUUCGGACAUCAAUUAGGUUACCGUGGCACAAUACGGCCAGAGGCAGGGCACAGGAAGUUAAAGCACGAUUUGCUCCCUACAAGCCGCAAGACAUUUUGUUGAAACCCCUGUUGUUCGAAGUACCGAGCAUAACUACAGACUCUGUGUUUGUGGGAAGGGAUUGGCUCUUUCACCAGAUAGAAGAAAACUUGAGGAACACAGAACUGACAGAAAACAGAGGAGCCGUGGUUGUCGGAAACGUGGGCUUUGGGAAGACGGCGAUCAUUUCUAAGCUGGUGGCACUGAGCUGCCACGGAAGCCGCAUGAGGCAGAUUGCUUCCAACAGCCCCAGUUCAUCACCGAAAAAUUCCUCCCAGGAUCUUCCUUUCACUCCAUUGCUUUCACCAAGUUCUUCUACAAGUGGUAUCAAUGCAGCUAAAUCCCCCCCUGGGUCUGGGUCUGAUACUCCAGAGAACCAGAGACCAAGAGAGGAUGCAGUGAAAUACCUCGCUUCUAAGGUCGUGGCCUACCACUACUGCCAGGCCGACAACACCUACACGUGCCUGGUGCCCGAGUUCGUGCACAGCAUCGCCGCUCUGCUCUGCCGGUCCCAUCAGCUGGCCGCCUACCGAGACCUGCUGAUAAGGGAGCCCCAGCUCCAGAGCGUGCUGAGCCUCAGGUCCUGUGUGCAGGACCCAGUGGCCGCGUUCAAGAGGGGUGUGCUGGAGCCACUCGCAAGCCUGAGACACGAGCAGAAAAUUCCUGCAGAAGAGUACAUUAUUUUGAUAGAUGGUUUAAACGAAGCUGAGUUUCAUAAACCUGAUUACGGAGAUACACUGUCUUCAUUUAUUACCAAGAUUAUUUCUAAAUUCCCUGCGUGGUUGAAGUUGAUUGUGACUGUAAGAGCGAAUUUUCAGGAAAUCGUGAGCAAGCUGCCAUUCGUCAAGCUGUCCUUAGAUGACUUCCCAGACAACAAGGACAUCCACAGCGACCUGCACGCCUACGUCCAGCACAGGGUCCACAGCAGCCAGGACAUCCUCAGCAACAUCUCUCUGAACAGCAAGGCCGACGCCGCCCUCAUCGGGAAAGUGAGCAGCCACCUGGUGCUGCGGAGCCUCGGCUCCUACCUGUACCUCAAACUCACCUUGGACCUCUUCCAGAGGGGACACCUGGUCAUCAAGAGCGCCAGCUACAAGGUGGUGCCCGUGUCGCUGUCUGAGCUCUACCUGCUGCAGUGCAACAUGAAGUUCAUGACCCAGUCCGCCUUUGAGAGAGCGCUGCCCAUUUUAAACGUGGCCCUCGCGUCCCUCCACCCCAUGACCGACGAGCAGAUCUUCCAGGCGAUUAAUGCCGGCCACAUCCAAGGGGAGCAGGGCUGGGAGGACUUUCAGCAGAGGAUGGAUGCCCUCUCCUGCUUCCUCAUUAAGAGGCGAGACAAAACCCGCAUGUUCUGCCACCCGUCCUUCAGGGAGUGGCUCGUGUGGAGAGCAGAUGGUGAAAACACGGCCUUCCUGUGUGAACCCAGGAACGGGCAUGCUCUCCUGGCAUUCAUGUUCUCGAGACAGGAGGGCAAGCUGAACCGCCAGCAGACCAUGGAGCUCGGCCAUCACAUCCUGAAGGCACACAUUUUCAAGGGCCUCAGUAAGAAGACUGGAAUCUCUUCAAGCCAUCUGCAAGCCCUGUGGAUUGGGUACAGCACCGAGGGGCUGUCUGCCGCCCUGGCCUCCCUCAGGAAUCUCUACACUCCCAAUGUGAAGGUGAGCCGUCUCCUAAUUUUGGGAGGGGCCAACGUGAACUACAGGACCGAAGUGUUAAAUAACGCCCCGAUCCUGUGCGUCCAGUCUCACCUCGGCCACGAGGAGGUGGUCACUCUGCUCCUGGAAUUUGGCGCCUGCCUGGACGGCACGUCAGAGAACGGCAUGACUGCCCUCUGCUACGCGGCCGCUGCCGGCCACACGAAGCUGGUGUGUCUGCUGGCCAAGAAGGGGGCGAGGGUGGACCACUUGGAUAAGAAAGGCCAGUGCGCGCUGGUCCACAGCGCACUGAGGGGCCACGGCGACAUUCUCCGCUACCUGCUGACCUGUGAGUGGUCCGUGGGCCCACCCCAGCCAGGCGUGCUGAGGAAGAGCCAGGCCCUGCAGCAGGCACUGACAGCGGCCGCCAGCAUGGGCCACAGCUCGGUGGUCCAGUGCUUGCUGGGACUGGAAAAGGAGCAUGAAAUAGACAUCAAUGGCACCGACACACUGUGGGGAGAAACAGCCCUGACGGCCGCUGCAGGACGAGGCAAGCUGGAGGUCUGCGAGCUGCUGCUGGAGCGUGGAGCUGCUGCGUCUCGGACUAACAGGAGAGGGGUCCCUCCGUUGUUUUGUGCGGCACGCCAGGGGCAUUGGCAGAUCGUUGGGUUGCUGUUGGACCGUGGCUGUGACGUGAACCUAAGUGACAAGCAGGGCCGGACGCCCCUCAUGGUGGCUGCUUGUGAAGGGCACUUGAGCACCGUGGAAUUUCUCCUUUCGAAAGGUGCCGCCCUUUCUUCUCUGGACAAAGAGGGUCUGUCGGCAUUAAGCUGGGCUUGUCUGAAAGGGCACAGGGCUGUGGUCCAGUUCCUGGUGGAGGAAGGAGCCAAGAUCGACCAGACGGACAAGAACGGCCGCAGCCCCCUGGACCUGGCCGCCUUCUACGGCGAUGCGGAGACCGUGCUGUACCUGGUCGACAAGGGGGCCGUGAUCGAGCACGUGGACCACAGUGGCAUGCGGCCCUUGGACAGAGCCAUCGGUUGUCGAAACACAUCUGUAGUGAUUACACUGCUGAGAAAAGGAGCCAAGUUAGGAAAUGCUGCCUGGGCGAUGGCUACUUCCAAACCUGAUAUUCUGAUUAUACUUUUACAGAAAUUGAUGGAGGAAGGAAACUUGAUGUACAAAAAGGGGAAGAUGAAAGAGGCAGCCCAGAGGUACCAGUAUGCCUUAAGGAAGUUUCCUCGAGAAGGAUUCGGAGAGGACAUGAGACCGUUCAAUGAGCUAAGGAUUUCCCUCUAUCUCAAUUUGUCUCGCUGCCGAAGAAAAACAAAUGACUUCGGCAUGGCAGAAGAAUUUGCUUCCAAGGCUCUCGAGUUGAAACCAAAGUCCUAUGAAGCCUUUUAUGCCAGAGCGAGAGCAAAGAGGAGCAGCAGGCAGUUCACGGCCGCUCUGGCUGACUUGCGGGAAGCCGUGAAGCUCUGUCCCACCAACCAGGAGAUCAGGAGGCUCCUGGCGCGCGUAGAAGAGGAAUGCAGGCAGCUCCAGAGGAGCCAGCAGCAGAAGCAGCAGUGCCCGCCGCCAGCGCCCCCCGCCGACUCGGACCACGAGGAGGACGCCCCGACCCCCGGCCUGAACGACUGCUUUCACCUCGAGGAGGCUGAAGAGGAGGAGACUUCUCCACAGGAAGAAUCCGUUCCCCUCGCUCCCAGGCCCCAGCCGCCCUCCUCUGCCCCCUCCCCAUACAUCCGAAACCUUCAAGAAGGGCUCCAGUCCAAAAUGAGGCCGCUAUCGCCACAGAAUCGGCUGGGGGUGAGCAAGCCCCCGAGGGAGCCGGUCGCUCAGCCGGGGCUGAGGGUGCAGCCCACCAAGCAGGCGCAGAUCGUGAAAACCAGCCAGCACCUGGGUUCUGGGCAAGCUGGCCUGAGAAAUGCUAGCUCGAAAACGCAGGUCUCUUCGCAGAAUCCUCCCCCGAGUCCCAUGCCUGGAAGACUCUCUGCCACCCCCGCCGCCGGAAGCAGAAACCAGCAUCUGGAGGGAACAGGCACCUUCCCUGCGGGAGCAGCUUCUAGCCACUCGGGAGAUCGGCUGGGGCCCAGCCCCAGCGUCCAGCUGCAGCCCAGUGAGGGUGACGCUGCGUAUCCUCUACCGAGUAAGAUAAAAACUGCAGAGAGGCUUCUGUCUCGUGCCACCGUGGCUGUGGACGUAGCCCCUCUAAACCCAGGCGGGCCAGUGAGCUGCAGCGACGUGCGACACCCGGCUUCCCUCACCAGCUCAGGCUCUUCCGGUUCUCCGUCAAGCAGCAUCAAGAUGUCAAGUUCAACCAGUAGUUUGGCUUCAAGCAGCAGUUUUUCAGAGGGCUUCAAGGUCCAAGGACCAGAUGCUCGAAUGAAAGACAGGGUUGGUAGCCAGGCUCCGAGUGGCCCAGCUGAGCACAGGCCGCGCAGUACUCCGUUCAUGGGCAUCAUGGACAAGACAGCGAGGUUCCAGCAGCAGAGCCAUCCUCCCAGCUGCGCCUGGCACUGCACGGUGCCAGAGGGGCUGCCGACGAACAUGCCUUCCGCGGCUGGCCUGCAGGCCGCAAGCUCUGAGAAGCCCUCUCUCAAGCAAGCAGGAGGAUACAGUAGCCAAGCCAAAACCCGUUCUGUGUCUACUCUGGGUGGAGGGGUCCACAACGGGGCCCAGGGGAAGGAGCUAGAAGAAAAGAAGUGCCAAAUUCCAGUCCACUGCCAAGACAGCCGGGUAACUAAGACGGUUUCUCACGCGUAUCAGGAAGGUCUCUCUAAACAGCAGCCUCACAUCAGCAGUGAAGCCCACAGGAGUCACCUCCCUUCAGCAAAACCAAAGCGAUCAUUCAUAGAAUCAAACGUGUGAGCCGUGAGGGAGACCCACGUGUGGUAUUUGGAAAACGGUGUGCUGGCUCCUGGUAGUCAUUAAAUGGUGGUUUGUGAGAAAAAUUACUCUUUAGUCACAUAUUUAUUUUUCCCUUGGGGGUGGAUCAGAUGCCAUUGAUAUGUUGAAAAUGUGGGAUUAAAUUUCUUUGAUAGAUAGAAGUCACCAGAAAUAAGAAUGCUAACCAGAAUUGAAAACUACAACUAGUUAUGCCUGUUAAGUUAAAAAUUGAAGACAGCCAAGAAGACAUUAACUCAUGCUUCUCUCUUUUGAAAUUAUUUGGUUUUUAUCACUUUUCUCCUAGCCUUUGCUAUGUGGUAAGAUCAUAUUAUUUCUUAGAUAAUGUAAAUGUCUAGUGAUAAGUUUAGCUCAUGACAUAAUAUCCAGGUGAUAUGUUCUGGAAAAGAUGGAAUUUUCAAGUUACAGUUCCAAUGAGUCAUAUCUUAAUUUAUAUAUAUAUGCACGUACACAUAGAGUUGACUGUUGAACAACAUGGGACUUAGGGGCGCCCAUCCCCUGUACGGUCAAAAAUGUACAGUGUAGCUUUUAGUCGGCCCUGUGGAGGGUUCCACAUCCUCGUAUUCAACCAGCCGUGGAUCAUGUAGUAUGUAUUGACCGGGGAAAAAAAAAUCCAUGUAUAGGUGGACCUGCACAAUUCAAACCUUUGUUGUUCAAGGGUCAGUGUGUAUGUGCACGUGUAUAUAUAUAUAUGAAAGACCUGAGUAAUUUCUAGCUGAAUGUGACUAUACGUGUUAUAUGGGUCACUUUUUUUUUUUAAGCAAAAUAUAAGAACAUCCAAGUAUUGUUCCCUUUAUAGCAGUUUCCUUAAAAAGAUUAAACAGCUAUUUCUGUGUUAUGGUUCCUUUUUUUGGAACUAUAUUCCCGCUUCAAGGUGUUUUUAAUAUUUGGAAACAGUAUAAACCAUUUGGAAUCAUGAUUGGUGGUUAAGUUGAAUUUGGGCUAAAAUACUAAGAAUACAGCAUUCUCGGUGACAUGUAAAUUAGCUCUCAGUUGGUCCCCAAACGGCUUUUAUCAAUGAUAGCACUCCUGGAACAAACCUUCCAAGGUCCUCUAAUGACAAUAUUUAAUUCGGAUACUUAAGGUGUGGUUGGUUAUUGCUUUCGUUUUAUUAUAGUCAUUACUUUAUAGCCACAUGUUGUAUAUAUCAUAUAGCCAAGUUGUAUUCAGACUUGUAAAUAUAACUAUUUGAAGUAGUUAAUCUUAAAGUCAUACAUUUGCAUGUUCUUUUUAAGCUUCGUCCAUGCUGGUUAUUGCACUGAACGAUAAUAUAUAUGGCAUGUUAACAGUAUACCAGUAACAGCACUUUAUCUCAUUUAUAUGAACACCUCUGAGGUGCUACUUAAGUCCAAACUGAUGUAUUAUUCAUUUGUAAAGAUAAGGUACAGGAGUGAACCUUGAUUUUAAAGGUAUUUUUAUAAGAAAAUGGUGUGCUAUUGGAGGAUGUUAAAAUACUAGUUUGAGAGAGGUGGUGGGAGUGUAUUUGUUUUGUAUGUUGGGAUGUGAAAUUUAUUUUCUAGAAUUGGAGAGAAGGAAGUUCUAUAUUUACAGAAUGUUUUAAAAACGAAUAGUUGUAAUGAAGUCCCUGUGAGCAUCAUUAUGGUUUUGUACGAAUAGGACUCUUCUGGUGUCAUUCUCCAUUUGUUCCUGAGUGUGUACAGAGUACUUUGUACAGCUUUGUCAGUCUUUUUUAGAGGCGUCUCAUGAGUUCUGCUAUAACUACUAUGGCUUAUUUAUUGUUUUCUUUAAUAUUUGUGGAAGUCUUACUCUUUUGUUAUGUAGUUUUGUUUCUGCACAACUACUGUACUUUUCCAUAUGGAAUAAAGACAAUUAAUAGAA